CGGAGUCUGAGCGGGCGGGCCAGUAUAUCUAUAUCUAUAUGUAUAUGUAAAGAGAGAGAAAGAGGGAGCAGAGCAAAGGCAGGGACCGCGCGCCUUCGGUUGCUGAGGCGCCGGCCGCCUCUGCCAGAAAAGUCUGCAUCCACCGGACUUGAACUCUGCCCUGGAAGAGAGACCCUCACCUCGAGAGUUCGCUGCGCUGCCUACCUUCCAGCCGCCCGCUUCGGCAAAAGUUGUGAAAACUGGCGCCAUGGAGGACAAUUGCGCGUCCCGCGCCUCUGCGAGAGAGAAGGCGUCCAGUCACGGCCGGUCAGCAACGGUGGCAAGCCGCGCCUGCUAGCCCUCUCCCGCUCUCUUCGCUGCUCCGUCUCGCCCAGGGGGAUCGUAAGCGUCACCUCCGUUUAACGAAAGAAAAACUCCCCCGGCCGCCGCCGGUGACUUAUCCCUCGGGUCGAACUUCGGACCUCCGCGAUGUCCCUUCGUCGCCACCGCCGAAUCGGCUGCCGCUGGCGGAGACGUCCUCGCUUGGCGGCCGGCACGUGCUGAGGCGUCGGCUUGGCGUUUAGCAAAGAAGAAGGGGGGAAAGCGCGGCGGCGGCGGCGGGGCUAGCCAUGGUCCGCCCGGCGAGCGGGAGGCGCCUCCAUUGGAAGAGCCGCGCGCACGUGCUCCCUCUCGCCGUCGCCGCUGCCCAGGCGGCUCGCGUGCCCUCGUUCCCCGGGCGGGAUUGUCUUGAGGUGUGGCGUGAGGAGAGGAGGGCGCUGCCCUCCUCGGAUUGCUGAGCCUGGCGGCGCUCCUCUCCUCGUCGAGUCCCCGGCAACUUUGGAGGCAUGGAUCAAGCUAGGCUCUGCCAAGCCACCCCAGGCCUAAACGCCUUCCACGCCAAUGACUCUGACCAGACCAGGAAUUGCAGUCCUGAAGAAAGUUCCAUCUACCAAGAUGGCACCCCGUUCUCCUGGAAGGUGGUGCUCACCGUCAUCUUGGCUCUCAUCACUUUGGCCACAAUAUUGUCCAACGGUUUUGUGAUUGCCACUGUCUACCAGAGUCGUAAGCUCCACACCCCGGCCAAUUAUCUCAUAGCUUCCUUGGCGGUCACUGACCUUCUGGUAUCCCUCCUGGUCAUGCCGAUCAGCACCAUGUACACCGUGACUGGGAAAUGGACCCUGGGCCAGAUUGUGUGUGACAUUUGGCUCUCUUCAGACAUCACUUGUUGCACUGCUUCCAUUCUCCAUUUGUGUGUGAUUGCCCUGGACAGAUACUGGGCCAUCACAGACGCAGUUGAGUAUUCCACUAAAAGGACUCCCAAGAGAGCAGCAGGCAUGAUCGCCCUGGUGUGGGUCUUCUCGAUCUCCAUCUCAAUCCCUCCUUUCUUCUGGCAGCAGUCUAAAGCUGAAGAGAUGUCCAACUGUGUGGUGAAUUCAGACCACAUCUUAUAUACCAUCUAUUCCACAGUGGGGGCGUUCUAUUUUCCUACCUUGCUCCUGCUGAUCCUUUAUGGAAGGAUCUACCUGGAGGCCAGAUCUCGGAUUUUGAAACAGACGCCAAAGAAUGCCGGCAAAAGAUUAACUCGGGCUCACUUAAUAACAGAUUCCCCAGGAUCAACAUCCUCUGUCACUUCUAUAAAUUGCAAGGUCUCGGAAGCAUCCAGUGAAAUGGGGUCUCCUGUAUAUACGAACCAGGUCAAAGUAAAGGUAUCGGAUGCUUUUCUGGAAAAAAAGAAGUUGAUGGCUGCCAGAGAGCGGAAAGCAACCAAGACUUUAGGGGUUAUUUUAGGAGCCUUCAUUGUGUGCUGGCUACCCUUCUUUAUCAUUAGUUUAGUGUUGCCUAUUUGUAAAGAUGCUUGCUGGUUCCACAUGGCCAUCUUUGACUUCUUCACGUGGCUGGGAUAUCUUAACUCUCUGAUCAACCCUAUCAUCUACACUAUGUCCAAUGAAGACUUCAAACAAGCAUUUCAUAAAUUGAUACAGUUCCGAUGCACAAGUUGAAUGAUAAGUGCAGUUAAAUAUAAAGUCUCUGGUGUCGGAGGCUUGAAUGAAUGCAUUUUGUGUGACUGGUUCUUCAGGUAGGUGAUUAUUCUUACCAUGCUACUGUCUCUCCAGAAAACAGUAUCUUUUAAUGGCAAAAUUGGAAUUCAGUAGAGAGGAGAGCCAUGCCAGUUAGCAAAGUUUCUCAUUCAAGGUAGAGGUAACUACAAAGCAGCCUCCUUCUGAGCCUGUGUUUAAAAAUAUGCUGCAUCUUACUCUGCUCCCACUAAUGUUGCUGAAGAAGUCUUUUUGGCCUUAAAAUGAGAGUUGAUCCUGGAUUUUGCCUUUGUAGAGCCAUUGUGGUAGGAACUGAAAAGGUUUUGGACAACUUUUGUGGAGACACCCGAUCCACCGUGACUGUACUGUACUUGAACUAAGUGACUCUCAUCCCAUCUCUUCUGCUAGGAGAUCUUUGCCUCUCAGACAUCUGUGUUUGAAAGUGCUUUGCCAUGUUUCCCUCCUUUUUAACUGCUAGCUUGCUAAAUUAAAGACUAUGCAGAGUAGAUUAUAAAUGAAUUGCGCAUGAUGCUUAGUAGUUAUAUGGAUCAGAGAUCUGGAAGAACUAGUAGUGAUAGUCUUAUGAUAACCAUUCCUUCACUUGCUUAUAAUAAAUGGGCUGAAGGAAUGUUGGGGAAGCAAUCAAAUAUAGACAAAACUCAGCAUGAGAAGAGCAACUCAUCUUUUUUUUUUGUACAGAUGUGCCUUCCUUUUUGUUUAACAACCUGCCAGUAUCACCCUCCCCCACCACCGAAAAAAGCCAAACUAUUCUACAUGCAUAUGUUUGUGUGAGUGUGUGCGUGCAUGGUGGCCUGCAGAAUCAAGUGCCAAAGCUUGCAAGCUUAUUUUUUCUUUAUCCAUGUUUUUUUCCUUCUUUCCUUCUCAUUAUAUUUUUAAAUAACUCAUCAUCAGCUAUUCUUUUGUUUAGUUGUUUUAGUUGAAAAUCUUCCUUUCAAAGCUUACUUACAUAGUUUGCUUUCCAAAAGAAAAAAAAAUGUUUAUGCGGACACUGAACAAACUGCGGCCACCAUGAGUGUAAUAAUUCUUAUUAAAAGAAGCUUUCCCCCCUGAAAAGGACUUUUUCUGUAUAACGCAAGGCAAUUUCCCCUUAACACAGAUUUCAUAAGCAGAUUUUCAAAUCUUUAAUAUAUUCGGUUCCUAAAGGAAUAUACUCUGUUUUCCUGAUGCUUUCUAGUACAAAACCUCAUCUACGGUUUCAAUUUCCCUUAUCCUUACACCUCAUUCAUUUCCUCUCACAUGUCUCAUCCCAUCCUUUCCUGAAAUGCUUUGACAAACAGAUUGAAUGAAUGGUUCCCCUACAUUAUUAAUGCCACUAAGACAAUAAGGCAGGACAGGACAGGACAGGACCCAGUUUCAGUAACUGAGAAAGCUGCAAAGUUUCUUCGGCAUCUGCCUAAAGCCUAGAUGCAAAGAAGUGACUCUUAUACAAUAUUCACUAUUCAAAAUCUUAUUACAGUUCAUGCUUGCUAUCUUAUAUAAUCCUUAAAAGAAUGAUGACCAACUCAAUACCUCCCCUACUAUUCAAGUUAAAGGCAUUACUAAAAUAGCUUUUAUUAUAUAGGACAGUCUGGUGCAGGUCCCCUAUGGAUUAUGAACUUUUUUUUUGGUGGGGAGGAGAGAUCUCCCGGGAACAGGUUUUGUCUUUGAUAUUAAAUUAAUGAUGGUACAUUGGGCCAGAAGCAUCACAAAAGUUUUGAUUAGAAUCCUUUUAGAAAGCUUUUCUUCUGUGAUCUGGGUCAGGAUUGGUAACAGCUUCCUUUGCCCAUGUGUUGGGUUAAGUAGAAAAUCUGUCUAAUGCUUCUCUGCAGUGAUAAAAAUAGAAGUAUAAAUUAAGACUUCAAUGUAUGGCCAAGCUGCCCAAAUGAGAGGAAUAGGGAAGAAGAAAAUAGAAUCCUCUGUAUCUUAACUACCACAAGAUCUAGAAAAGCUGCACCAGGGAUAACUUCAUGUGACCCAUCUUAGCAACAGUUAAUUCUCCUGUCCUACCUGAUUCCAGCAGCCAUAUUAAGGAAGCACAAUGGGCACUCACCUUUGCUACCUCAUACUUUUCUACAUUCUCAUGGAAUUCCUUGCCAUUUUUUCCCUAUAAAAGUAGAACCUCAACAGUGAUGUUUAUAAUUCUACUUCUCUCUUCCCCUGAACAAAAUACAUAGGAUGCUUUCACAGUGUGAGUCACUUUCACCAAUCCUUGUUAGACAGUAAAUAAGAUUUAUAUACUAUCAAGAAAAGCAUUCCAUCUUCUUUAUUCCAAGAGACCUAAAAUAUAAAUACUGCCUGAGAUUACAGCAAAUGGGUAGAUGAAAGAAAUGUCAAGGAGUGAAUGUCAACAAACACAUUAAAAAUUUAUAUUCUGGUUUUGUUGAGCUGAAAUAAAGAUUAAACUUGAUUGGAUUUUUUGUGAGGCCUUUAUGGUAUUAUUAUUAUUUAAAUCCAGUUCUUAAAAAUGAUGGUGAGUUCAGGAAGAAAUUGAGACUGAGUACUUUACUGAGUUUGCAAACAUAACUCUCCUCUGUGUUACUAUUUUGUUUUCAUGUGUUACAGCUGCAUUUUUUCAUGUACUGUAUCCAACUCCCAAUUAUUUUUUCUUGAAAGAGCUGCUAAUCUCAUUCUGAAAGUCCUGAAAUGUAACUUUUGCACUGAAAUGAACUGUACACUGUGGCAUAACUUCUUCAGGUUGCUUGUUUAUGGAAAGCAAAUGGUUGUUCAAGAAAUAUUUAUUUUUGUUUUUAAAUCAGUAAGUGUUGAUACUGUAACAUUGAGACUUACUUAGCCAUCAUACUUCACAGACAGGAAGUGGAAUGGAUUGCUUGUCUCUUAAUACUGUUUGCACUACUACAGUCUUCUUCAAAAGUGAAGGACCUUGCGUUCCUAUUUGGGGAACGUAGGAAAAAUGUGAAAAUCCUGUCCUUUCAUCUUUUUAAUUAAUCUGGAAUUUAAAAAAUAGCCAUUUGAUGUUGUGAUCUUACAGAUUUUUUUUCAUAUGUAUGAUACUAUUAACAGAAAUUUAAAAUCAUCUGAAAUACUAACCACUGUUCUGAUCCUUUAGGUUGUUGGUGUGUACAAUUGGAACCUACUUUAUUAUGUAUUUUUACUCUUGUUUUCGAAGAUUAGAUAAAAUAUCUCUAUGUAAUAAGCCCAGCAGUCAAAAUUUAAAAAUUCAGACUAUGUUGUUCUGUUCCAUUUUCUUUGAAAGGAUUGCAUUGCAAGUGUUUGUCUUAAAUGUAGCUGAAAAUCAAACAAUAAAAAAGCUUUACUGUGAU